ACUGUGCCCUGAGUGCUUAAUUUCUUUUCCUUAGACAAGUUUAAGUUCUUUUCUUUAUGCGACAAGACUGAAAAAAUUGAAGAAGAAAAGAAGAAGACAAGUGUAAUCGAAGGGGAAAGUGAACUGAAGUUGAAUAGUAUUCAGAGAUCACAACAACUUGUCAUAGUAUUUAGUAUUUGUUUUAUGUCAAGGUGUAUCUCUGUGUAUACAACAAGACUAUUUUAUUUGAGGAACAGUUUUCCUCUUAUAUUUUUAAUGUUCUGGAAUAAAUCAUUUACCCAUUCGAAAAAUGUCCAAUUCAAACAAUAACAAGACCAAAAACUGGUUGUCUCGACUAAUGAGAAUUCCAAGGAGAUCUUUGGAAAACUUGGAAAAUAGCAAUGACCAGGAAAGACCCAUAGUUUACCGUAGGGGUGUCUCUGUGUAUAAUGGUGAUAGUUCAAGUCAUCAACCUAGAACUUUGAAUAGUUUCAGAAGGAGUAUCAUGAAAAUGCAUACACGCAUGAAAAAUGCUUUUAGGCAUAAUAAUUCUAAUUCUAACACCACCAGACAUACACUACCAAUUCUACCGAUUACAAACAAUUUAGCGUCACCCUCUCACUCGCAAAUAAGAAUAACUCUUGGGUCACCAGCCAAACAUUCAGAAAACAUUUAUAGUUUGGAACCUACGAAGAAAGUAUCAACUUCACCACAACUUGGGAAUUCCAUUCCAAGGGUAUCAUCAAGGACAAAUUCAGUUCUACAAGAAGAAAAUAUAGAUCCCGCUCCUUUAAUACCACCCAGAAGAAGGUACUAUCCUCAACUGACAGCCGAUGAUCAAAUUAGCAGAGUCCCCAAGAAUGAAAUUGCAAACCUUUCAAAUUUUUAUUGGUACUGGGGACCAAUAUCAAGGUCACAGGCGGAAGAAAGGCUCAAAAGCUCACCAGAUGGGGCUUUUCUUGUCAGAGACUCUACAUCAGAUAGGUACCUUUUCACUAUGAGUUUUCGAAGUCUUGGAAAAAUUCUUCAUACAAGAAUUGAAUUCAGCAAAUCUGGUUACAGUCUUUUCGACCAAAUUGGGUAUAACAGCGUCUCUGAGCUUGUUGAAGACGCAAUAGUCCGAUCACAAAACAGUGUUUAUUGUUAUACCAGGUAUGAUCGAGAUGAAGUACGUCCGAAUUUUCCAGUGAGGCUCACUCUGCCAGUUUCGAGAUAUGAUAAAGUACCCACUUUGAAAUAUCUCUCCCGAUUCAUCAUACGACAGUCUGUGAUUAUCAACGAUAUGGAUAAGUUACCAUUGCCUGUUUCAUUGAUUGCAUAUUUACAAGAAGAAGGACCUUAUUUUUAAAGAAUAUAAAAUAGUUAAGUGUCAUUUACUUUCUUUUUCUGUUUCAAGUUGGGGCAGUUUUUUCAUGUAUAUGGUUUUUCAGCAUGAUCUUGUUUUCAAUGUUUCUUCGGUAAAUGACUAGAAGUGAGACAAUAUUCAAAUCACUUCAUUCUUUGGAAUUACAGAAUUUUCUCUGAGAGAAAACAAAAAGGUUCAAGUUUUAAACAAAAGGUAUUAGCACAUUAAAUUUUUCCCAUUUGAGUUUUUGAAGUUAAGUUUGUUGUUCCUGAUAAGAAUAAUAGAAUAUUCUUUUUUGUGAAUAUAAAUUAUGAUUUGUUUUAUUCUCNCUAUGUUCUUUUUAUUCUCAUAGUCAAUAUUGGAAUAUUACAAUUAAUCCCUUUUGAUUUUAAAAAAAUUGCACAUAUUAAACUCAAAAACUGUAUUGAAUCUACCAUAGUAUAGUUCAAACUGCCCCAAAAAAACACUGACAUCAAAGACAGAUUGAUCAAAAUCGCCCUGUUUUAUUGAUACCUAUAUACAGAUAGGUAACUGCUUUUCAUUUGAAUUUUCUUAUUUAUAUUUAUGUAUUAUAUACAAAAGUGCACUUAAUAGCUUUAAAUAAAGGAUCUUUAAAGAAGAAUGGUAAGUAUAUUAUAUAGGAUUAUAACUAAUUGUUUAUUUGGAAACCAAAAUUAUUUUGUUGUUCAUUAUUUUUUUUAUUUGAAUUUAUUACUGUUACGUUUUGUUUUGGAGACCAAUUUGAUUUUGAAGUAAAUUUAAUUACAUGUGA